UUGACUGAUGAAAAUGGAGAUCCAGUCACUAUUCCAACAGGUGGUUCAACCAAUGUUGGCAAUCUGGAGGUUGGUGAAACUGAAGAUGGUGAUGGAUACACAAUUGGAGAUGGAGAAUCUGGAACAACUGUUAAUAUCACUGGAGAUGGUAUUAUUGAUGGCGAUGGAAAUAUUAUUGACCUUUCAAAUGGAGAAAGUACACAAAUUGGUGAUAAUACUAACAUCACAAGAGUGGAUGAUGACACUGUUAAAGUAACUGAUGUAUCAACAGGAAGUGAAGUAACAGUAACAGUUCCAGAAACACCACCUGUUGAUACAGGAAGUACAUCUUCAAUUGUUGACAAUAAUGGCACUGUAGUUGAUCUCAAAAAGGGAGAGAAUACUACAAUUGGAGAUUUCGAUAUCACACAAGGUAAGGACAGUACCUCAAUUACUGAUAACUCUUCAGACAGUACAAUUGUCAUAUCAGGAACUGGUAUAACUGAUGAUGAUGACAAUAUUAUCAACAUUUUACCAGGAGACAGUGUAACUGUAGGUGAUAUGAAUAUUACAAGGUUGAAUGAGGAGGAAUAUGAGGUAACAGAGGGAUCUGAUGGAAGCACUGUUACUGUUACAGUGACAUCACCAACUGAAACUGUCAUCACUGACCAGCAUGGAGAUAUUAUUGACGUCUCACCUGGAUCUAGUGAUACAGUUGGUGGUUUGACCAUUUCACAGGCUGAUGAUGGCACUAUUACAAUAACAGAUGAUGAUACUGGAAGCAGUGUCACUGUUUCAGAGACUGGACUCAUUGAUGAUAAUAAUAAUGUGAUCAAUAUUCCUAUUGGUGGUUCAACAACAGUUGAUGAUGUGACCAUUAAUAGAAUUGAUGAGGAUACAUAUGUCAUAACUGAAACAUCUACGGGAACAGAAGUGACUGUCACAAUCCCUACCACUUCAGUAACAGGAACUACUGUCACAGAUCAACAGGGCAAUCCUAUUGAUACAACACCUGGAUCUACCCAAACAGUUGGAGAUUUGACAAUCACACAUGGAGAUGAUGGAAAUGGCGAUGGCAAUGGAGAUUCUUUGUCAAUAACAGAUGGAACUCCUGAGGGCAAUGUUACAAUUACUGACAAUGGUAUCAUUGAUGGAAAUGGCAAUGCUGUGAAUCUCUCUCCUGGGGAUACUUCAACAAAUGGUAAUAUCACAGUUACUAGAAUUGAUGAGGACACACUGGUUGUUAAUGACACUUCAUCUGGAAGUACAGUCACAGUAACUAUCCCACCAGCAACUGAAAAUACUGUUACUGAUGGAAAUGGCAAUGAACUUGAUAUUUCUGGUGGCAGCAACACUGUUGGAGACUUGACCAUUACACAAAAUGCUGAUAACUCUAUCUCAGUAACAGAUGGGUUAUCAGAUAGCACUGUUAUUCUUAACUCCACUGGAGUUACUGAUGGUGAUGGUAAUGCAGUUGUCAUUUCAACAGGAGGCAGUGCAACAGUUGGUGAUAUGACCAUCACCAGAGUAGAUGGAGAUACAUUUACAGUAUCUGAUGGACUUUUUGAAGGCGAGGUAACUGUAACAGUUGUUGAGUCUACUAAUGAGGGUGACUCUGGUUCAUCAGUAACUGACAGUAAUGGAAAUGAGAUUAAUCUAGCACCAGGACAAAGCUCAACAGUUGGUAAUAUCACUGUUGGUCAAACUGAUGAUGGUUCAACCUCUAUAACUGAUAACUCUGGUAGUAAUAUUACAGUCACUGAUACAGGGAUUAUUGACGAAAAUGGUGAUUUGAUUCACAUAACACCAGGCACCAAUGUUACAGUUGGUAAUCUAACCAUUACUCGUAAUGAUGAAGAAAACUAUACUGUACAAGAUGGAGACUCAGGUGCUGAAAUUACUGUUACUGUUCCAGAGUCAACAGACAAAGAUACUGUUGUAACUGAUCAACAAGGUAACCCUAUUGAUACUACACCUGGUAGUAGUGAAACAGUAGGAGAUAUGACUUUAACAACUGGUUCAAAUGGUUCAGUUACAAUAACUGAUGAAUCUUCUGGAAGUACAGUUUCAGUAACUGAAACUGGUAUCACUAAUACAGAUGGUGAUCUUGUGAACAUCCCACCUGGAAGUAGUGAAACAAUUGGUAAUUUGACUGUGACAAGGAUUGAUGAGAACACAUAUGUUAUACAUGAUGGCUCAUCUAACACUUCGGUUACUGUUACAGUUCCAAAAUCAGAUGAAUCAGUUGUAACUGAUGUACAUGGAAACCCAGUUGAUAUUUCUUCAGGAGGUACUGAAUCCAUGGGUAAUUUCACUGUUUCUCAAGACAAUGAUGAUUCCAUUACAGUUACUGAUGACUCUGGAAAUACCAUUAUAGUCACUGGGGAUGGACCCACAGAUAGCAGUGGUAAUCCAUUUGACCUUUCUCCUGGGGAAAACACAACCAUAGGAGAUGUGACAGUUACAAGGAUCGAUGAAGACACUUAUGUUGUAACUGAUACAACAACUGGGGAGCAAAUAACUGUUACAGUACCAACAACAGAAACAGGUGAUGUUGAUGACCAAAUUACCACACCAGUUACAGUUAUACUUGAUAAUGACACAUCCAUUACUAAAGAUGGUGAUGAUAUAAUUAUCACCAAUUUGGGUGAUGGAUCUGAAACCACCAUUGGAGUGAAUGGCGAUGGAUCCCUUGAUGUUGGCAUAACUGCUCCAAAAGAUUCUUGUUCGAGUGGUGUAAGUGGAAUGUCAGGAUCUUGUGAUGGUGAUAUCAACAAUGAGAUUCAAACUGGUGAUGGUGAAUAUGUUGACCCAACUAAUAUAACAUCAUCAGACCUGAAUGAUAUGGCUGAAACAUUUGCAGAUAGUGGUAAUGAUACAAGCUUUGUGUAUGAAUACACAGAUCCUGAAACAGGUGUAACCCAUACUGAGCCAGAAACAAUUGCUUCAAAGUGUCCUGUUGGUUACUAUGGAGCAGACUGUAGCUUCAAAUUGGAAGACACAGCAUCUGGAACUUCCACAACUUCAACAGCUGGAGUCAAUGAAGAUGGAACAGUUACUACAUUUGAUGGUAUCACCUAUACUGUUGGUGAAUCUGGUGAAUUUACACUUGUCAAUACAUCUGAUAUUGAUGUUAGUGUUUGGCAGGUUCCUUGUGGUGAGACAGUUUGCACUACUGAAACCUCUGUAAUGACUGAUAAUGGUGGAUUUGUGAUUAACACUGGCAAGGGAGAUAGUGAAGAUGAUACAACCAAAGUAACUGACCAUGAAGGUAAUCACAUGACACUUGGAACUGGCAACACAACAACAGUUGGUGAUAUAAGUGUAUCACAAACAGAUGACAGCACAAUUGUUGUUUCUGAUGAAUCAUCUGGAAGUAGUAUAACUAUCAAAUCUGACGAUUCAGGCAUAAGCAUCAAUGAUCAUGAAGGUAACCCACUUGAUUUUACUUCUGGAGAUAGUGAAACUGUUGGUGACUUAACUGUAACUAAAUCUGAUAAUGGUACAAUAGUAGUAACAGAUGCAUCCUCAAACAGUGAAGUAGCCAUCACAGCUGGAAGUGGAAGUGGUGUCCCUGGUGGGAAUUCAGUGACUGACAAUGAAGGCAAUGUAAUAGACAUCUCUUCAGGAGAAACUGCAACAGUUGGUGAUGUAACUGUUUCCCAACAAGGUAGUGGCAAUUCUGUUCUUAUUACUGAUGGAUCAACUGAAAUCACAAUAACAGCUUCAUCUGGUGAUGAACAUACCAUUACUGAUAGUAAUGGUGAUACAAUCAAUCUUACUCCAGGACAGACUGAAACAGUUGGUGAUAUAACAUUUAAACAAGUGGAUGAGGAUACAUUUACUGUAACUGAUAUAUCAUCUGGAAGUCAAGUUGAUGUACUGUUUCAUUACCACUAAUUGAAACAGUUAUAACUGAUUCAAAUGGUACUGUUAUAGAUCUAAUGCCUGGACAGUCUAAGACAGAUGGUGAUGUUACUAUUAAACAAUUGGACGGAGAUUCAUAUAUAGUAACUGAAACUUCUUCUGGUAGCUCAGUGA